AUGAAGGCUGUUCGCAUGUAUGGGGCCGGAGACAUGAGGUCUAUCAGCAGAGGGGGGAUGCGGAGGAGAGGGCUGGAGGUUGCCAGGAGGUGGGUGUGUGUGAGCGAGAGCCACGGAGGCUACCCCUCUAUGCAGGGGUCUAACAUAUCAAAGCCAUGGGACCGCGGGGAGAACGGAGCGGGUGGAUGGAGCCAGGGGCUUCAUAUUAGCGGGGGUUGGCUUUUUGUUCCUCGCCCUGCACCGGGAUCUUCUGAAAAGAUCAGUGAACAGGCGAUUGGUCACGGCUCCUGUAGUGCUGUGUUGUGA